AUCAAUUUGUACCUGCUUGUCACAGUGACUAUCAACUUAGAAACGCUUUGUCUGAUUCUUUGACUUCCCAAGACCCACAGUCAUCAUUCACUCCUUUAUACUGUAUCUAUAUCUUUAUACUAGCGUCUAGGCGUUAGCGGGGGCUUCAAAAAGUUGAUACCUGAUGAACCCUCUCCGAGAUAAUAUCUCACAUCCUCCGUCUCCCGUCCCGAACCAAUCAAACCUCAUGCCGGGUUCUGACCAACUCAAUGCACAAUCUGUUCCAGUAGACAACUCCGUCAGCAUCAGUCGCCGACAGGAGACUCACAACAGCCUGAGACAAGCCUCUGUAGCGCUAGAUGCUGCAUAUGCGCGUGUCACACAACUCAGACAGAACAUCAACAAUUUGCUCAACCGGAUGCCACCGGAAAUCGCAGAAGGACCCCCAUCCACACGCGACAGGACUGCAGAGUCCAGUAUCGCACCCCAGCACGCUGCCUUGGUCCUGACCGGGUCCGACGCUCCAGAGUCCGAUAUGGACUUCAAUACCCGCGUUCAGCGGUUGAGAACCAUUAUCAAUCCCUCGACAAGGCAACGCCUUGAAGAUUUUGAAAGCAUGUCAAGACAAACGAGAGGCUCCACUUCAGAGCGUCCAUCAGAAGUGUCUCGCCAUAGGUCCCAGUGGUGGGAUACACCUGCUGAUAUACCCUCUCGGAUACUCCCGCCUCGCCCCCGUUCCCCUCCGCUACCAGAUCUGAUUUUUCCUUCAAACAACAGAACUCUUUCAGGCAGUCUGGAAGAGCGUUCUGCCCUCCGCAACGAACUUGGAAUCAUAAAUCCCGAGGAUCCUAACACUAUGAUCGGGCGACAAGUUGCAGCACGUACUGCCUUAAACCGCCAGAGCAACGCUGCCCCCCCUCUCGAACAACGGCAAGAUAAUCUGAUUCAGACUUCUGUCAUUGUGCGGGAUCUAGCGAGCUUGACUGAGCGGCUGGUCAUGCGUCGCAUGGAAGCUGCUCGGCAAGCGGAGUCUGGAUCUGAGCAACCAAGCCUGAACAGUAGAUCCAGUUUGCAGGGACGAGGAGUAGUUCCAACUCCUUCGGGGACUGAGAUGGACUGGGAACCUACCGUACCACAAUCAAACGAUGAUCCACUCUUGACUUUGGUGCUUGAUGUUGCGGCUGUGCCCGACUCAUCAAUGCGUCCUUCUCAACCAUCGAGUGGUACGAGUAGGCGGUGGACUAGUGAUCACGCCGACCAAACACCACUUAGAGAUGAGCGGAGCCAAGCCCCCCCUACCGUGCCGGAGAGACCACUACCUCAUUUUAUGAAUGCUAGGUCGUGGCCUAGAGAAGUAACUGCAAACGCUGCAGGUGAGGCUUCGACGUCUUCAGGCCCUGUCAGACGUCGCAGGGGAUGGGCGCCUCUUCUUGAUGCGGAUGGGGAUGAGGUCAUUUCGGAUGAUGAUGAUGAUGGAGUGGAACGCAAUCACCGCUCGCAGAUGCGUUUGAUGUAUGCGCUACCAGAUGCUACUAUUUCAUCUACAUCACCUAGAUCCGAGGAAGACUACUCCCUCCCAUACACAUCUGCCUCCAUCAUGCAUUCCCUGGACGAUGAUCCGGGAGAGGCUAUACGCGUGCGUCUCAACUCCCACCAGCAAUCCAAAGAAGAUCUUUUUUCUCAUAAUUUCUUUUCACGUACUUACUCACAACAUGUUGACCCUUUACCGGCGCCCCUCUCAGAUAUGCUUCGUCAUCCAACUGUUCCCGCACAGGUUCCGCAGUUUAUACCAGUGUCUAAACAUGCGAGUCUUGCCGGACGGUGACAAAUUUUUACCACUCUACCCUUCUUUUUAUCCAUAUCUCGAUGCUCU